AUGUAUGAUCGUGAUAGGGAACAAGCUUUGCUCAAAGAGAUGGUAAAUUUUCAAGGUGAUGGAUUGCUCUGUAACGCAGAAGAGAGAUUUAUCAGUGAUAAGUAUGCUGCUAGGUUCUCGGAACUAGCAAAGUUUUAUCCUCAUUAUAGUGAAGCAACUGCUGAAUUUUUCAAAUGCAUCAAGUUUGAAAACAGGCUAUGCCCAGAAAUAAAGGGAAUAAUUGGAUAUCAGAAAAUUCAUAAGUUUCCGGAUUUAGUGGAUAGAUGCAGAACUUACGAAGAGGAUAGUAAGGCUCAUUACAAGGCCAUGAGUGUAAGAGUGGAAAGCAACAACAUAAUCGUGGGAAACCUUACAAUGCUCCAGAUAAUAAAGCAUGAGAUAGCUGAAUGUAGACACAAACAAGUAAUAUGUCUUAACUAUGGUGAAGAAGGACAUAUCGGUGCUCAAUGUCAGAAACCGAAGCGAGCUCAGACCGGAGGGAAAAUUUUUGCUUUAGUUGGGACUCAGAUAUCUAGCGAAGACCGUUUGAUCAGAGGUAUAUGUUUCAUUAAUAGUACUCCUUUAAUUCUUAUUAAUAUCAGUGCUACUCAUUAUUUUAUUGCUGCUGAUUGUGUGGAACGGUUGAGUCUUGUCUUGUCCUCUAUAAAGGGAGAAAUGGUUGUCAAUACUCCAUCUAAGGGAUUAGUGACUACUUCUCCUAUAUGUUCGAAGUGUCCUUUGUCAAUUUUUGAUAGACUUUUAUGUGGACUUAGUCUGUUUACCGUUGAACGGUCUCGAUACGGAGAAACUGGGUUCUUAUCUUCUAGUCAGUUAAAUGAGUUGAUGAAAGAUGAAGCUCAGGUGUUUGCAUUAAUGGCCUCUUUGUCUGUUGAGAAUCGGGCUACUAUUGAUGAAUUAACAGUAGUGCGAGAAUUUGCCAAAGUUUUUCCAAAUAAAAUUCCAGAUGUGCCGCCAGAAAGAGAAGUGGAAUUUACUGUUGAUCUUGUCACUAGCACCAAACUUGUUUCUAAGGCACCAUACAGGAUAUCAGUAUAUGAAUUAGUAGAGUUGAAGAAGCAAUUAGAAGAACUGCUUGAAAAGAAAUUUGUGAAACCAAGUGUGUCGCAUUGGGGAGCUCCGGUGUUGUUAAUAAAGAAGAAGGACGAUAGUAUGAGACUCUGUGUUGAUUACUGA